AUGGUUACUGUCAGGUCUGUCAUUGCCCUUGCUGCCUCUUGUGGUUGGUAUAUAUUUCAGAUGGAUGUUCAUAAUGCCUUUCUACAAGAUGGUAUUCUUAUGAAUCUGAGAGAAUAUGCACUUGGACUUGUAUCUGAACUUGGACUUGCAGGGUGUAAACUUGGAUCCACUCCCUUAGCGUUCAAUCACAAGUUGACAUCCACUGUGUUUGAUAAAUUUCAAGUACUUAGUCAAUAUAUGCACUCACCAAAAACUUCUCAUAUGGAAGCAACACUUAGAGUGGUGAGAUACAUAAAUGGUACAACAGGUCUUGGUUUGUUCAUGACAAGCAACAAUAUGUCUGAGCUUGUAGCUUACUGUGACUCAGACUGGGGAGCAUGUAUAGAAUCCAGAAAGUCAAUGACUGGCUACAUAGUCAAGUUGGUAAAUGCUUUAGCGUCUUGGAAAGCAAAGAAACAAAAUACAGUUUCAAGAAGUUCUCCAGAAGCAGAGUUCAGAAGUAUGGCCACCACAAUAGCUGAGAUAGUUUGGCUGAAAGGGUUGUUCAAUGAAUUGGAGUAG